GUGUUUUUGGCUUAGCAAUCGGCUGUUUGUCCAUCGCUCUAUUAAGUCCUUAUUGAAGAAACUCGUUGACAGUGUGCAUGGCUGUAGUCACUGCAUGCGACGAGGGAUGUCUACGCUGACCCAGGAGACAUUAAACGCAGCAGCCUCUGGCCAGCAGGUAGGCGGGCAUAAACGUAGUCGACACGAGAUGGCGUCUUCCGUUGCGGCCCUUCAAACCCUCGCGGAGUUGGCGCACCGGGAAUACACGUCGGGUGAUUAUGAAAACGCGGAGCGUCACUGCAUGCAGUUAUGGAGACAGGAUCCGGCCAACACUGGCGUUCUGCUGCUGCUCAGUAGCAUUCAUUUUCAAUGCAGACGACUUGACAAGUCGGCACAAUUCAGCAGCCUUGCGAUCAAACAGAACCCGCUCCUGGCAGAAGCCUACUCAAACCUAGGCAAUGUACUAAAGGAACGUGGCCUUCUACAGGAAGCUUUAGACAACUAUCGCCAGGCUGUACGGCUAAAACCAGAUUUCAUCGAUGGGUAUAUUAAUCUCGCAGCUGCUCUCGUGGCUGCAGGAGAUAUGGAGCAAGCAGUGCAGGCGUAUGUCAGCGCUCUACAGUACAACCCGGACCUGUACUGCGUGCGUUCGGAUCUGGGCAAUCUCCUGAAGGCGUUAGGUAGACUUGACGAGGCCAAGGCGUGCUAUCUGAAGGCCAUCGAGACGUGUCCGACGUUCGCCGUGGCUUGGAGCAACCUGGGAUGUGUGUUCAACGCACAGGGGGAGGUGUGGCUCGCCAUACACCACUUUGAGAAGGCGGUGGCGUUAGAUCCUCACUUUUUGGACGCGUACAUCAAUCUGGGCAAUGUACUGAAGGAAGCCAGGAUCUUCGAUCGGGCGGUGGCUGCCUAUCUUCGAGCGCUGUCUUUGUCUCCAAACAAUGCGAUUGUCCAUGGAAAUCUCGCUUGUGUAUACUAUGAACAAGGGUUGAUUGACCUUGCCAUCGAUACGUACCGGCGAGCAAUCGAACUACAACCAAAUUUUCCGGAUGCAUACUGCAAUUUGGCGAAUGCACUCAAAGAGAAGGGACUUGUAGCUGAGUCAGAGAAAUGCUACCACACAGCGCUCCGACUAAUGCCGAACCAUGCCGACUCGCUUAACAAUCUGGCAAACAUUAAACGCGAGCAAGGUCUCGUCGAGGAGGCUACUCGCCUCUAUCUAAAGGCCCUCGAGGUAUUGCCCGAAUUUGCGGCGGCACAUUCAAAUCUUGCAUCAGUGCUACAACAGCAGGGUCGACUGGCUGAUGCUUUGCGUCAUUACCGUGAAGCGAUCCGUAUUUCGCCAGCAUUCGCGGAUGCCUAUUCGAAUAUGGGCAACACACUUAAGGAGCUCGGAGAUGUACAGGGCGCUUUGCAGUGCUAUCAGCGAGCCAUUAGCAUCAACCCGGCCUUUGCAGAUGCCCAUUCAAAUCUUGCAUCAAUUCAUAAGGACUCCGGAAAUAUACCCGAAGCUAUACAGAGCUACAGAACCGCGCUUAAGCUGAAACCAGAUUUCCCCGACGCAUUCUGUAACCUUGCGCACUGUUUACAAAUCAUCUGCGACUGGUCGGAUUACGGUACUCGUAUGGAAAAGCUAGUAGCAAUUGUGAGGGAGCAGAUUGAAAAAGGCCGGCUGCCGUCGGUGCAUCCACAUCAUUCAAUGUUGUAUCCGCUUAGCCAUGAUCAGAGGAAGGCAAUUGCUGCCAGACACGCUAAUCUGUGCAUUGAAAAGAUUCAGGUGCUGCACAAGCCACUAUACAGCUAUCCCGUCGAGCUGAGGAAGGGUGAACGGUUGCGCAUCGGUUAUGUGAGCUCGGAUUUCGGAAACCAUCCGACCUCGCAUCUUAUGCAGAGUGUGCCCGGGAUGCACGAUCGAAGCCAGGUAGAAAUCUUCUGCUAUGCGCUAUCAAUUGAUGACGGUACUUCAUUCCGAGGGAAGAUCUCUAAGGAAUCCGAGCACUUUACUGACCUGAGUACCGUGCAGUGUGUUGGGGCUGCGGCUGAUAUGAUCCACAAAGACGGAAUCCAUAUUCUCGUCAACAUGAACGGCUACACGAAAGGUGCGCGAAACGAGAUCUUCGCCCUUCGUCCUGCUCCCAUACAGGUCAUGUGGUUGGGUUAUCCAGGUACAUCCGGUGCCUCUUUCAUGGAUUAUAUCAUUACCGACAAAAUAACAUCACCCAUUGAAUUGGCGAGCCAGUACACGGAAAAGUUGGCUUAUAUGGCUGAUACGUUUUUUGUUGGCGAUCAUAAACAGAUGUUCCCACACUUAAUCGAACGAGUAAUCAUCAAUAAUCCGGAUGUGAAGGAUAACGUAAGCGUGGUCAACGCCACAGACCUGACUCCGAUUAUUGAGAAGGUUGACGUGAAAAAGAUUAAGGAGGUCGCCCUCGUUUCGACGGCAUUGGAGGCAUCAGCUCCCCCCGUUGUGACAACGGUCGUAGAAGUAGUAAAGACCAUUAUUGACCUUCCUCCGACGACCUCCGCUAGCUUGAAACAGGUUCUCGCUGGUAAAGAGGAAGCCGCAGAUGUUGAUGGCGUCGUAUUACAAAGUGGAGCGGCUGCAACAUCCAACCCCAAAGAGGCCACCGGUGAAGAGGCUCCCAGCAACAUUCUUGUCACUACUCGACAGCAAUACGGUCUCCCGGAGAACGCCAUUGUAUACUGUAACUUCAAUCAACUAUACAAGAUCGACCCCGAUACACUUCGUAUGUGGACGAAUAUUUUAAAGGCGGUUCCAAAUUCCGUCCUCUGGCUACUGCGUUUCCCAGCCGUUGGCGAGCAGCAGGUACUGGCCCAGAUUGAAGCCUCAGGCCUGGACAGAUCACGGGUGGUGUUCUCGAAUGUUGCCGCCAAAGAGGAGCACGUCCGUCGUGGCCAGCUGGCCGAUGUAUGCCUUGAUACACCACUCUGCAACGGCCACACGACCGGCAUGGACGUCCUUUGGGCGGGCACUCCCAUGGUAACAUUACCUCUCGAAACGCUCGCUAGUCGAGUUGCGUCUUCGCAGCUACAUUGCCUUGGCUGCCCAGAAUUGAUAGCCAAUGAUCGGCAAGAUUAUGAACGCAUUGCUAUUCGCCUCGGUCGGGACAAGCAGUACCUCAAGCUGAUUCGUGCCAAGGUAUGGCAGCAGAAGAACGAGUCGCCACUAUUCGAUGUUAAGCACUACACGAAGAAUUUGGAAGAUCUCUUUUCGGCGAUGUGGAGUCGACACGCGCAAGGCCUCAAGCCUGAUCAUAUCACCGAAUUAAGUUGAACGAGUCACGGGAGUGAAGGAGUAGAUAUAUAGGCGGAGAAUGGGCAAUACCGAAGAAACCGAAACGAUGAUUUUUGCAUCCCUCAUCACCCUUAUUAUCACCAGCAUUACCGACGCAGUGAUAAUGGAUAACGAUGAUUCUGGGGCAUUAUCCUAUUCUUAUGAUGUUGUGACAAACGUGCCGUAUCGGUUUGACGAAGUGUGAAAAGCGGAAUUACUGCUAAUAGUCUCAGUCUAUCUAUCUAUUAAUGAUGGGCUGUCAAUAGUGAGUAGUUGAGGGGCUAAACAGAACAGACAACUCGCUAGGGGAAACCUUAUGAAAACACACUUAAUUCGUUCCAUCCAUUCAUCCCUCUGUCUAUCUACUAAUACGGUGGUUGACCAUAAAUUUGGUUUUUAUUCUGCCCUGUUAGACGCAUACCUAGAAUAUAUAUAUUCUAUAUAUAAUAUAUAUAUAUAUUAUAUAUAUAUAUAUAUAAUAUAUAUAUCUUCCUAUAGCAGCGAAGUCUGCUGUAAUUUUGCGAAAAAACAUAAGAUAGACGUGUUUCAGGUUUUUUUUUGGCUCGAAUUUGUGGAUAUACUCCGAAUGAUUGCCUGUAAUGGCGUUGAAUAACAGGUAGUUGAAAACUACACGGUAUGGGUAGUGCAACAGCCACUCAGUAACGAAUGCAGCUUAGGUAGACAAACAGAAAACAACGACGAAAAAAAUCUUACGUUGCCGCAGUAAAUGGAGCUAAUAGACAUAGUAGAUGGACGUUUAUUGAUGUGGUAGAUAACACCAUUGAUAUAUAUAUAUACAUAUAUAUAUAAUAUCAUUCAAACAUAAAUUCUAUGGUAUCCUCGCGGCUCACUUUAGAAGGGACAAUGCGUGAACUAUUCAAAACAGGUCUACACGAAGCGAAUUGAAAGAGGUCUUUCUAGAUGCUGGAUGCCCCGUCUAUUAUUUAUUCAUUCGUUAAGCGAUAAGGUGAGGCACCGGCGGAAAUGGUGAUGAUCGUGGUACCGGCGAAUGAGACUGUCAACAAUUAAUAAAAAAAAAACGUAAACAAAAGUGAGAAUGGAAGGAGCCACUUCAGCAAGCGGCCUCGCGUAGGUAAGCAGUGUUAUUGACAGGUUAAAGUAUAACGCUUAAGUGAAUGGAAAUGCCAUUCAACUAUAUAAAUAUGGAUCAUCGAAGAAAUUAAAUGAACUGAUCUUAAUUAUGUUGCUUCUCGUACAACUGUACGUCAUUGCCUGUGUAACUAGUAUUAACACCGACUAUAGACAUGAACAUUGUAAAGAAAAGUAUUCGCUCUAACGUGCUUUGACACUAUGCUCAGUUGAAAUUCUCAGGAUAAGGAAACUGAAACAGGUGCAACACAAUUAACCUAAAUCUGCACCCUGUUGAUUUCUUCCAUUUGUAAGAGUCACGUUAAGAAAUGGGCUAUUUAAAUCAAAACAAAACCAGAGAGUGGUUCUCUGGCAGUAUCUGCGCCAGUUAAUUGAAGCGACAAGCAAUUUUUAUCAGAUACAUGUAGCCUAUCCGGAGUAACACGUGGGGGCAAAAAGCCGCUAAUGAGAAUAUGCAACAACAAUUGUCAUGCGCCAAUAUAUAAACAUCAAUUUUAUUCAGGCAA